GAACUGUGACAUGUAAGUAUGAAAAAAACCGAGUAGACUGAAGGACUCUCAGCUGCCCUUGUCGGGGUCUUGAAGUUGAGGCGGAGUAGCGGUGUAUAUAUAAAGAGCAGACAGAGACAGCCGGACACAAAAAAGCCAUGACAGCAAGGUGGAAAACGUUAUCCAGUGGUGCGGUCUUCCGUCACAUGGCCACAACCCCCGAAGGACAGCGCCACAGCGGCUACAGCAACAGCGUGCCUGUUGUUUCUCAGAACAUGUGCCCAGACACUAUUCGGUCCUUCAACGAGAUCCCUGGGCACUGGAAAAAUGGAGUGGCCAACCUCUACACGUUCUGGAGGUUAAAUGGAUUCAGGAAUCUUCACCGUAUCAUGCUGCACAACUUCAACACCUACGGACCUAUUUACCGGGAGAAAAUUGGUUACUAUGAAAGUGUAAAUAUCAUCAACCCAGAGGAUGCAGCCAUUCUGUUCAGAGCAGAGGGUCACUAUCCCAGGAGACUGAGAGUGGAGCCCUGGAAUGCAUAUAGAGACUACAGGAACCAUAAAUAUGGAGUCCUUCUGAAGGAUGGUGAGGACUGGAAAGCCAACCGAGUAAUCUUGAAUAAAGAGGUGAUCUCUCCAAAGGUGCUGGAGAACUUUGUGCCCCUGUUGGAUGAGGUUGGCCAAGACUUUGUGGCACGAGUUCAUAAAAAGAUUCUGAGAAGUGGACAGAACAAAUGGACCACUGACCUCUCCUACGAGCUGUUCAAAUAUGCUCUGGAAUCUGUGAGCUCAGUACUCUAUGGAGAGCGGCUGGGUUUGCUGCUGGACUACAUUGAUCCCAGAGCCCAACAUUUUAUUAACUGCAUCUCCCUCAUGUUUAAAACCACCACACCCAUGCUGUACAUUCCUCCCAGUUUGCUGCGCCUGCUGGGGUCUAGAGUAUGGAAACAGCAUGUAGAGGCUUGGGAUGGCAUCUUCAGCCAGGCAGACCAUUGUAUCCAGAACAUCUAUCGACGGAUGCGCCAGGAGGCCGGCAUGGAUAGGAAUUAUCCUGGGGUGCUGGCCAGCCUGCUAUUACUAGACAAGUUGUCUAUCGAGGACAUCAAGGCCAGCGUAACUGAGCUGAUGGCCGGGGGUGUGGAUACAACUUCCAUUACACUGCUGUGGACCUUGUACGAGUUAGCCCGCCACCCUGACCUGCAGGAGGAGUUAAGAGCUGAGAUUAUAGCAGCCAGGGCCUCCGCACAGGGAGAUAUGCUCCAGAUGCUGAAGAGAGUGCCCUUGGUCAGAGGGGCUGUGAAGGAAACGCUGAGACUGUAUCCAGUUGGUGUCAGUUUACAAAGGUACAUAACAGAGGACAUAGUUAUCCAGAACUACCACAUUCCAGCAGGGACUCUCGUCCAGCUCGGGCUGUAUGCCAUGGGCCGAGAUCACCGCAUCUUCCCCUGGCCAGAGCAGUACAUGCCCUCCCGCUGGCUGGGCUCUGAGGGCCAUUACUUUAGGAGCCUGAGUUUUGGCUUUGGGCCACGCCAGUGCCUGGGUCGGAGGAUUGCAGAGGCUGAGAUGCAGAUCUUUCUCAUCCAUAUGCUUGAGAACUUCCGAAUUGAGAAGCAGAGGCAGGUGGAGGUGAGGAGCACCUUUGACCUCAUUCUGAUGCCGGAGAAGCCCAUUUUGUUGACCUUAAGGCCCCUACACAAGACAGCAUAAUACAGCACAAAUAGAAGGCAAGUUAAGGAGAUGUGAAUCUCAGAUCUCUAUUCUAAUCAGAUCAAAAUUAAGAAUUAAAGAUUCUUGUCCUUUCCAGCAUGGUUUUUUUUUUCUUUUUUCUUCAAGUAUUUGUUUUCACAGGUCAUAUGUAGAAAUGAGAUGUACAGCCUCAGAAGAACUGAAUAUUGAAUAAUAAUAUACAGUUUUUCAUAAUCAAUUUAAACUUAUCAUUAUUGAAAAAAGAGAGACACGAAUACCACAGUUACAAAUUAUUUGUUUAUCAAUACCGUUAUACAGCAUUAUCUAAAAGAUAGUACUGGUAUGUGUGAAGGAUUGCUCAAGGACAAAGUAGGUUAUUCAGGCAAGGUCACUGCAGCUGUACGUAUCUACUGCCAGAUAGCAAAGGGUCUGACGUGGUCUUUUACAAGGAAACAAAACUCAUUAGAGCUUCUUACGGUUGAGAACUACAGAGUGGAAAUACAUAAUUAUUCAUCUAUGUAAUUAAUUUAGGGGGUGCGGUGGUGCAGCGGGCUUGACCGGGUCCUGCUCUCCGGUGGGUCGGGGGUUUGAGUCCCGCUUGGGGUGCCUUGCGACGGAUUGGCGUCCCAUCCUCAGUGUGUCCCCUUGCGCCAUAUGUUCCCAGGUUACGCUCCGGCUUGCUGUACCCCGCUUGGGACAAGCGGUUUCAGACAGUGUGUGUGUGCGUAUAGAAUGUUAUAAGGCAAAUAAGAUCAAGAGUGAUUAAUGUCCUCAUUCAGACUGGAGUUGGUUUUUCAGAAUUUCCUUUUGUAUUUCUUAAUGUGUUUUAAAAUGCAAAAUCAGACGAAAUGAAAAAAAUUGAAUCCUAUAGGGGAAUCAUGUUUGUGGAAGCAAAGCCUUGGGCAUAUUCGUUGAGUUUAGUCAAAAAAUUCUCCCGCUCUCUUCUCCAAUGCUUAGAACCAUGCUCCAGCUGAAACAGAAGAUGUACAUCGUACUAAGCACUCAGCCAGUAUGUUUUCAGGAGUCUGGCAGUAACCCUAAAGUAGUUUCAUGAUUCAAGGGAUGUCUACUUGUUCCUCCAGGAUUCUGAUUUAUACCUGUGCCUUUUUUCACAUUGUAUCUGAAGGGUUCAUUUGACUGAGACAAGUCAUUGUGUGAACUGUAUGGUGGUCACAGUUUUCACUGAUCCACCAGCAAUCUGCCAUUGCUGCUACUCAUCUACCGCUGCCUAGUUUCAUUCAUUGCAAACCACGUUAAAGUCUGUUUGUCCUUUACCUGUUCUGGCUGCUGGACGGUCACCUUUUGUCUCUGCAUCUUCUUCAGUUCUGCACUCAGUUGAGAGUUUUCUGCUGCCAGUAUCAUGCUCAUAUUCCACGUUUGGUGGUAAUCUUCACCUGCAGGCUGAGAUUUUCAGACCUCAUAUACUCAUAUCUUUACAUCAUGAGUACGCUGGAUGACUGAGUUACAAUUUUGCAGUUUAAGUAUUUAUUUUUAAUAGCAUUUUCACAGUUUUAUUUCUUUGCAUUAGCACAAGAGAAGUCAAGUUUCUCUUUGCAUUAAUCCUUUUUUAUGUGGAACAAUUUGUUGUAGGAUUCUUCACUACCUUUCUUCCAAGUAGCAUAAUGGAUAUGUUGGCAGUCAGCCUCAAUAUCAUUGUUGUUUUCAAUAUCCAGACACAAUGAUAUUUUUCAAAUCAAUGUUAUUUUCAUCCUGUUUGAUUAAUUAUUGAUUAUCCUUCGGUCUAGAAAAGCACAGCUUUUCUCAUCUCUGAGUUAAAGUUUUCCGGAUAUCAACAUUUCACAUCUACUGAAAUUCUGAGAGACAACAUAGACACUAUAAUGUGGAAGAAGUGAAGUAUCUGCUUUUUUAAUACAAAUAAAGCAUUUUGGUAUAAACACUAGUACUUCUAUGCAUUUUAUUGUAUUUAUUGAAUUGUAUAAUACAGUUUAUUCUUGUGCAGUAUUUUAGUCUAAAGCAUCUGAUUAUAAAAUACUAAAUGCAGAAAAAUCUUAGUACUCAGCCGCUUUGUACUCAGGGUAUUAACAUAAAUCUCAUACCAGUGAUCAGAAAACUGUAUGAGACCUUAGCUGUUAAUGUGCUGUUGUCUUUAUUACCCUUAAGGUGCUACAGUAUUAAGAUUUAUUUUGUUAGUUCUAAAACAUUUUUCCCCUCAACUAACAAACUGUUUUAUUAU